UAGAAGAUACAGAAUUGGGAUUUUCGAGCGAAGAAGGGGAAGAGGAAGAGGUCACCUCUGUGUAUGACCCGACAAAAAUGACAUGCAUGGAUUAUUUUUUCAUGGAUAAUCCUCCAAAAAGACCUUCUUGGCUGGAACCAUGUGGUGACGUGUUAUGCCCGGUGUGCACAGUCGCUGGAGCUGAAAGAUAUGCAAGACUUGCAGCUGAAGGACGUCCAGCCCCGGGGUCUGGAUUGUUUCAACGUCCAUUCAAGAGGAGUUCGGUUACGGCUGCUUCGGGAUCCGCAUGGAAAGAAACACCUUCAAAAGCUGCAUGUUCCGAUGCUGACAAUGGCGGAACUUCAUUCAAAUCAAAUGGAAAUAAAGGCAAAUCCAUUAAAGGAAAGGGUCUGCAGAGCAAAAAAAACUGAUGGGGAAAGUGAGUAGUGAAUGUAGUUAUUUAUAGUAAGUGAAAUUUUGGAGGGAACUGAAAUUUUUGGAAUUUUUUGGCUCUUCUUUUCCCUCUAUUGUACCAGUUCGGAGUAUGGUCUCAAACUCUCAAUGAUGUAAACAGUGAUGUACUAUUCAUUAGUUGCUUUAUUUAAACCAAUUUUGAGCUCUUCAGUCUUCCCACGUGAUGAAUUUAGAGGGUAGUAUGGGAAAUUUUUUAAUGAUGUGACUUAUUCUUAAUACACACAAAAAGGGAAUAUUGUAAUCAAAAAGGGGACGGAGG